AGUUUCGUUUUUUUCGUUAAGUGUAACAUUUAUUUAUUUUUUAAGUGCGCAUUCAAUAAGAAAAUGUCAUCGCGAAGAUGGUUCCACCCAACGAUAUCUGGCAUCGAAGCUGAAAAAUUACUACAGGAAGCCGGUUUUGAUGGUUCAUUUCUCGCACGUCUCUCAUCCUCGAAUCCAGGCGCUUUUACGCUCUCUGUGCGCCGUGGAAAUGAGGUAACACACAUUAAAAUUCAAAACAAUGGCGAUUUCUUUGAUCUCUAUGGUGGUGAAAAGUUCGCCACACUGCCGGAACUGGUACAAUAUUAUAUGGAAAAUGGUGAGCUGAAGGAGAAAAAUGGCCAAGCCAUUGAGUUGAAACAGCCGCUAAUUUGCGCCGAACCCACCACAGAAAGAUGGUUUCAUGGCAAUCUUUCUGGCAAGGAAGCGGAAAAAUUAAUAUUGGAACGUGGCAAGAAUGGUUCGUUUCUUGUGCGUGAAUCUCAAAGUAAACCUGGUGAUUUUGUUCUUUCCGUUCGAACGGAUGAUAAAGUAACGCAUGUCAUGAUUAGAUGGCAGGAUAAGAAGUACGACGUGGGCGGCGGUGAAUCAUUUGCCACACUCUCUGAACUGAUCGAGCACUACAAACGUAAUCCCAUGGUGGAGACGUGUGGAACUGUGGUACAUCUCCGACAGCCAUUCAAUGCCACACGCAUUACGGCAGCUGGGAUCAAUUCCCGGGUCGAGCAGCUGGUCAAAGGUGGCUUCUGGGAGGAAUUCGAAUCACUGCAGCAGGAUAGUCGUGAUACAUUCUCGCGCAACGAAGGCUACAAGACAGAGAAUCGUCUGAAGAAUCGUUACCGCAAUAUAUUGCCAUAUGAUCACACGCGUGUCAAAUUGCAGGAUGUGGAGCACAGUGUGCCCGGAGCCGAGUAUAUUAAUGCCAACUAUAUACGCCUACCCACCGAUGGCGAUCUGUACAAUAUGAGCAGCUCGUCGGAGAGCCUGAAUAGUUCGGUGCCCUCGUGUCCAGCUUGUACGGCCGCCCAGACGCAGCGCAAUUGUCCCAAUUGUCAGCUGAUCAACAAGACCUGUGUCCAGUGUGCAGUUAAAUCGGCCACAUUGCCGUACAGCAAUUGUGCCACCUGUAAUCGUAAAUCCGACUCCCUCAGCAAACACAAACGUAGUGAAUCGCUGUCGACGAACGGGACAACCGGCAGCAGCAGCGGCGGCAGUGGCAGUGGCACUGGACCAGGAACUCCCACAUGCAUCACAGCCACAGCGAAUGCAGCGGCUGUGGCAACUGGUUGUCUGGCUGGAUUGCUGAAAAAGCAUAGCGCUGAAUCACCAUCUCCGUAUGGGGUUUAUUCCACAGUCGCCGAACGGGAACGGGAACGUGAAAGGGAAAUGUACAAGACGUAUAUCGCCACACAGGGAUGUCUGUUUACCCAGCAGGUCAAUACGGUUACCGAUUUCUGGAACAUGAUCUGGCAGGAGAAUACCCGGGUUAUUGUUAUGACCACCAAGGAGUAUGAGCGCGGCAAGGAGAAAUGUGCCAAAUAUUGGCCCGAUGAAGGACAAUGCAAACAAUUUGGCCCAGCCAAGAUACAAUGCGUUUCGGAGAACUCCACAAGCGAUUAUACGUUGCGUGAGUUUCUUGUCUCCUGGCGAGACAAACCAGAGCGUCGGAUCUAUCAUUAUCAUUUCCAAGUGUGGCCCGAUCAUGGUGUGCCCGCCGAUCCGGGAUGUGUGCUCAAUUUUCUGCAGGAUGUCAACACAAAGCAGGGUAAUUUAGCCCAAGCGGGUGAGAAACCGGGUCCCAUUUGUGUGCACUGCUCAGCGGGAAUCGGACGCACUGGCACAUUUAUUGUGAUUGACAUGAUCUUGGAUCAAAUUGUGCGCAAUGGUUUGGACACCGAAAUCGAUAUACAACGCACAAUCCAAAUGGUACGCUCGCAACGCUCUGGCCUUGUCCAGACCGAGGCGCAGUAUAAAUUUGUCUACUAUGCGGUACAGCAUUAUAUCCAAACGCUAAUUGCCCGCAAACGGGCCGAAGAGCAAAGCCUUCAAGUUGGGCGCGAAUAUACCAAUAUCAAAUACACGGGCGAAAUUGGCAACGAUUCACAAAGAUCUCCAUUACCACCAGCAAUUUCUAGUAUAAGUUUAGUAUCAAGUAAAUCACCAGCAACGCCAGGGGCAACGGCAGGGGAACGGGAUAGGGAUAGGGAAAGGGAAACAAUGAUAACUACAUCAAUAGGAUCAGGCAUAGGCGGAGGAGGAGGAGGAAUCGGAGGAGUCGGAGUCGGAAGCAGCACUAAGCAUCUAAGUAAACAACAACCGCCAUUGCCACCACCACACAAUGGCAGCAUUAUUAGCGGCAGCAACUCAAAUAAUAAUAAUAAUAAUAAUGGAAACAACAGCAGCAGUAAUAACAUCAGCAACAGUUGCAAUGGCAGCAGCAGUGGCAGCGGCAGCGGCAGCGGCAAUGGUAGCAAUGGCAACAUAAAUGUCUUACUCGGUGGUAUUGGCAUCGGCGGUGGUGGUGGUGGUGGUGGUGGUAGCGGGGUAAUGCGUAAAUCAAAUUUAUUUAGAGAGGAGCAGGCGGCAGCAGCAAAAUACAAAAACAUUCCCAAAGACCUGAUCAGCAUGAGGCAACUGUCGUCGUCGUCGUCCACAUCGUCGUCGUCGUCAUCGCCUGCAUCUGCAUCGGCGUCUGCGUCGGCGUCUGCGUCAGCAUCGGCGUCAGCAUUGCUGCCGCCACCGACUCCGCCACGCAAAACAUGACAAAUGAAUUUUUAAAUAUUUUUGGGAACGAAAAAUGCAAAGAAAACAAAACAAAAACAAAAAUAAUUCUCAACUCUUGACAUGCUUGAUUCCUCUCCAGAGUCCACAAAACGCCUCCCCUGCCCAGCAAAACUACCCACUACCUGCACCUUGUAUCUAUUGUUGUUUCUGUGCGUGUAUGAGUGUGUGUGUGUGUGUGAAUGUGUGAGUGUGUAUGCCUGUG